AUGUCUGACACUGAAGAAUUGUAAGUUGAAGAAUACGAUGAUGUAGCAGAACAGUUAGUAGAGGAUGUAGCGGUGGCCACAGAAGCAGAAGUAGAAGCAGAACCUGAUGUAGAACCAGAAGCAGAACCUGAGGUAGAACCAGAAGCAGAACCCGAGAUAGAACCCGAACCUGAAGCAGAAGCAGAGGAAGAGCCCGAAGAGGCCUUUGAAGAGGAAGAGGAGAAGCCAAAAUUCAAACCCACUGCUCCCAAGAUCCCAGAUGGUGAGAAAGUGGACUUUGAUGACAUCCAGAAGAAGCGUCAGAACAAAGACCUGGUGGAGCUCCAGGGCCUGAUUGACGCCCACUUCGAGUGCAGGAAGAAGGAGGAGGAGGAGCUCAUUGCCCUCAAGGAGAGGAUUGAGAAGCGUCGUGCCGAGAGGGCUGAGCAGCAACGGGUUCGUGCCGAGAAGGACAAGGAACGCCAGGCCAGGCGUGAGGAGGAGCGUCGCAUCAAGGAGGAAUCAGACGCCAAGAAGAAGGCAGAGGAGGAAGCCAAGAAAAAGUCUGCUCUAUCCAGCAUGGGCUCCAACUACAGCAGCCAUCUCCAGAGGGCUGACCAGAAGCGAGGAGGAAAGAAAGAAACAGAGAGAGAGAAGAAGAAGAAGAUUUUGGCCGCCAGACGCAAGCAACUUAACAUUGACCAUCUCAAUGAGGACAAGCUCCGGGACAAAAUCAACGAGCUGUAUGAUUGGAUGUGUCAGCUGGAGUCUGAGAAGUUCGACCAUACGGAGAGGCUGAAGAAGCAGAAGUACGAGGUCACUACCCUGCGCAAGAGAGUGGAGGAACUCAGCAAAUUCAGCAAGAAGGGAGCUGCCGCCCGCCGCAGGAAGUAA